AUGUAUGUCAGGGUUGUGCCGAAAUCUGAUGGCCUGCGCUUUCAAUGGAGCUUUGCCUUUGUGCACCAUUACAAGAAAUAUGCUGGCUUCGUACAGGUGCUCGAACCAUCUCCACGAGUUCCUUACAUGGUUGGCUUCACCAUGCCCACGAGAAGCGCGGAUCCUGCCACGAAUGCUUUGUAUCAUCUGUGCUUGAUGAAGCCGAGCAGAGUGUGCAAAGGGUGUUGCGAAGAUGUGGCUUGGCUAGCAGGUCAUGUGUUGUCAUCUGUGGCUGGGUCACAGCAAGGCAUACUCUUUGGAUACACAAAGCCUGCCGGGCAAGCUCAGCCUUCCAGGGGCGAGCGACGUUUCACAGAAGCGUGGAAAGCUUGGGAGGCAUUGCAACUGACACGAGCAGAGCGUGCUUGGGCAAAGUUGAAACUGGAGCGUCGUGUGGGCGUUCUGGAUGAUGUGGCGCCAUUCCGAGAAUGGUAUGUGCCUGGUUGCAACAGAAAGACCAUUGUGCAGUCAUGGCUUUUGCCUUGGUUGCGAGGCGGUUUUCGGCAUUGCUAUAAAGGUCCCUGGGGACAAAAGAGGAGGACGCGAUCCGACAUCAAUCCGAUAUACAGCAAGGCGCAAUUUGUCAAGCUGCAUCCCACAAGUGUGGGGGUACUGCCAGCAUUGCCACAUGUGGUCGCAGUUUGCAUUCUUCGUUUUGCUGGGAAUGUGAAAGGUGAAGGGAAUGAAGAUGUGGUUAUAGCAGACACCCUUGAUGCCCAGGACAAGGCUGCGUCAAGUUGCAGAACAGAUGCCCAGAAGACGGUGGUCAGAACAGGCACCGGGGUUCAUGUGAACCAAUUGUUUCCCGAAGAGUUUGGUGCCAGCAUCACAGCAGAGGUGUCAUGGAAUAUGGAUUUGCUUGCUGAAGCUCGCAAAAGACCACGCCCAAAUGCAGUCGCUGUCAGCAACGAAGACGAAGAUGAUGAUGCGGGUGGAGCUGUCGUGGGAAAACUGUUGGCCGCUGAAGGAGAAACCCCGGGCGGAGAAGCAGGAGAUGAUUAUGAUGUUGUAGUGGAGCAGCCAUAUUCCGAGGAAAAAGGCUCACAGUAUAAACCGCACCUGGAAAUACAAGAUUGCGAUGUCCUUGAGAUUGCUCACAGACUAGAUGGCUGGAGAGACGGGCGAGGUCAAAAAGACAAUGUCUUGAAGUUUUUCCAGAACUUUCGCGAUUUUUACGCUGAAGAGUUAAAGGCAGCAUGCCCUUGCGAGAUGAGGAUGCAAAAACAGUUCUGUGGCACAGAUGGCAUGAGUUUGGCAGACUGGAUUUCACAGCGAAAUCAAAUGCUCCGAGCACAGAAAGAGUUGAAGAAUAACCGUGAGAAGACAGGCCCAGGCGGUGGAGAAUCUGAAUCGGAAGAUGAUAUACAGAGUCGUGUGAUUACCAGUGAAACAGAUGUGCCGAAAAUUCAUGUAGUAUUCACUUUCGAAAAUGCCAUUGAAUCGCCAGCUGAGAUGGCACGCCGGUUGGCGUGUCAAAGUGGGGCAGCUUGGGACAGACAGCAAUAUGAAAUGAUCAUUUGUUGCGUGUGGCCUUUGCACCGGGUCUGGGAAUAUGCUCUCACAGAGCGUCGUCUGAAGGAGUGGAAUUCUGUGGAAGGCCGCUUACAACUCAUCCAGGAUGCGCAGGUUCCACCUGUCCGUGUAUUCGCACAUGGGGCUGGCGGGUCAGGGAAAACUUAUUGCUUGACUAAAGUUGUCAUGGCCGUUUUUCAGUGGUUUAUGCCAGGGCAAUGUCGUAAGCAAGCUUCCACCAACAGUGCUGCUCGCCUGAUCGCAGGCGACACCAUGCAUGCUUGUGCAGGGUUACUGAAAAGUGCAAAGUUUACAGCAGAGGAACCGUCCCGGAAGGUUCAGAACAAGUUGAAAACGACUUGGGGGACUGCUGUCUUUGUUUACAAUGAUGAGGUGGGUGCUGCCGCCCCUGGACUGUAUGGAACUUUGUCGUCUCGUGCAUACUGGGGAAAACGGGCUGCGGGGCAAAUUGAAGAUGUGGGGCCGAAACAAGCACCUUUUGGAAAUCCUUUGCUGCAUGUUGACGCAGGUGACUUUGCCCAGCUCCGGCCAGUGCCGAAAGGGAGCCCUAGCCUCAUGGAAGCAUUUCUAAUGUCCCGCAAAGAAUAUGCGAAUGAAGGCCGCGUGCGGCCAUUGACCGACAUGGAGAUGUUAGGCCUGAAAACUUUUGAUUUGGUUGCGGAGACCUGCGUAGAGUUUAAAGGGACCUACCGAUUCAAGGAAAACGAUCCCUUGAUCCGUCUGCUGCAGAUUAUGCGCACUGUCGGCGGCGCAGAAGUACCAGAGACAUUGAGGCAACAAAUCUUGAGUCGUAUUCAAUUGGGUGGCAAAGAUCCACGAGCAAAACUAUUCUAUAGAUUCCCUAAAUCGGUGCUUGGAUCGGAUGUUUUUUCAGACAAUAACUUUUGCAACGGGAUGCACAGUGCGGUGAACUGGGAGCAGGUUUCGCGGAUGCAGCAAGUGUGGGCUGCCCGCAACGCCCGUGCUAGUCGGGGUCCGCAAGCUUUGCAAAAUAGCCGUGCAGGCUAUCGGCAUCUCGUGGCCAACUUCUGUUCUUAUCACAACGUGUUGACAGAGCACAAGCACAGCAACAUGCUCAUGACAAGGAGGCAACAGGAGAAAUAUUACAGAUUGGCUUCCACGAAGAAGAACGGUAUGGUUUACCUCGUCAGUUGCACAGGCGUGUACUUGGUGGAGCCUACCAAUGCUGACUGGGAUUUGCAAUACCAAGCAACUGCCAUAGUCAACCAUCCCAAUGAAGUGCAGAAGCGCAAGAAAGUCCCUAGAAUCAAGGUUGGCCUUCGAAGUUCUCAGCUACCCAUAGCUCCAGCUGGGGUAGGAACCUUUAACAACAUGCAAGGUAAAACGGCCGAAGAUGAGAAAUCAGUGCCAAUGGGCCAUACUAUUGACCUGAAACUGCUGGAUGGCAAUGAUGACAAGUGGUUGCACUACUACAUGAUUCUUGGAAGGGCCACGUCCCUCGCAACAACCUUGCUGUUAAAUUUUCCGGAGGAUGCAAAUGGGGAACCAGAUUGGACCAUUUUUGAAAAUGGCCCUCCCGAGUAUUUGAUCCAUGUCUUUGCUGAACUGGAGAAACGAUACGAAAAGACCCAAAAGCUUGUGACGCUGCGCCAAGCAGAUCUGAAAAUCUUUCCUUCUUUCGCUUGCCUGCCAGCUCGGCAUAAAGGUCUGGGAAACGAAUAUGUGUACAACACUGCUGAGUGGGAUGCUGCCGUGGCGCAGCGGUCGCAGAAGAGAAAACCGGACAGCAGCCACCGGAACUUAGCGGAACGUUUAGAGAGACGGGCAGAGGAGCCGCCGAGAAGAAAACGGAAAUAG